AUGCGCAUGCGCAUUAAUGUCACCGCUGCCCUGGCAACGCAGUUUCUGAGACGGGAGCGGUUGAAAGCAAAAAUGUCUGCAAGAGAUGAAAGCAAAGUUGGGACGGUGAAAUCUGAAGAGGACAAAGCAACUCAAACCAGUCCACCAAAGUCCACCAACUUCGCCAACUUCAGUGCUACAGCCAGCCAGUGGGAAAUCUAUGAUUUUUACCAAGAGGAAAUUAAGAGGCGGGACAAAUCAAGUCAUCAGUCCAUAAAGGAGGAAGAAUUUGAAGAUUCACAAAUUAAGACUCAUGAUAUAGCCCAUCUGGCUGGGCUGGCCAGGUACGUGGAGGGUAAGGUGUUUCACAGAGCAUAUGCAGACAUUUUAUAUGAUAUCAAGCAUUUUGAGGAUGCAUCUGAUGAAUUCAGAGGAGAGAAGGGCACUCUGCUCCCUUUGUGGAAAUUCGAGUAUGAUAAAGCAAAAAGUCUGUCUGUGACUGCCCUCUGCUGGGAUCAAAAACACAAUGAUUUGUUUGCUGUUGGUCUUGGGUCACAUGAAUUUACACAGCAGGGGGGUGGCAUGCUUGUCUUGUACACCCUGAGGAACCCCAAUUACCCAGAAUUCAUCUUUAACACGGCCUCAGGCGUAAUGUGUGUAGAUAUCCAUGAGCAUCUGUCCCACCUGGUGGCUGUAGGUUUGUAUGACGGCUGUGUUGCAGUAUAUAACCUAAGGAAAAAGAGUGAUGAGCCCUUUUGGAACAGCAGAGCCAACCCUGGCAGACAUAAAGGCGCUUUGACACAGGUGAAGUGGCAGAAGGAUGAUUUGGACAGUAAUCACAACUUCAUCUCUGUGUCUGCUGAUGGACGAGUGGUGUCUUGGACUCUGGUAAAGCACGAGCUAGUCUUCACAGACAUGAUCAAGCUCCCAGUCCCAGACACAAUUCCUGAUAACCUUAAGGAUGUCUUUUCCACAGAACAAGUGCACGCCCCUACCGCAGCAGCAGAAGAUGAAGAGGUAGAGCUAUUUUAUGAAGACCUUGAGGAGGCAAUGAACGUGUGCUGCAUCUACCUCGUGGUGAUGGGUGAUUUCAAUGCAAAAGUUGGACACUGCAAGGUUAACGUCAAAUUCAUUCAUGACAGCCGUAUGAGACAUGUGAAGACCAACACAACACAUUGA